AUGAAGAGGUUCAAAGGUUCUAAAUCAAAAAAACUUUCUCUUGAAAAUGCUGAAUACCUCUGCCAGGAGGUUCAGCGAAUGGAGGAGACGCAAAUGUUCUACCCGAGUGACUUUGUUGAGGCUCUUCGUGAGUUGGCCGAAGUUAUUAUUUGGAGUGACAAGAAUGUGGAAUCGGUGUUUGAUUUUUUUCUUGAGCGUAACAUGAUGGCUACACUUGAGCGUAUUGUAACAAAUGCUGAUUUCCCCUCGGUGGUAAAGGGACAGGGUAUUCAGUGUAUUACUAUGCUGUUACAGAACUUAACACGAAAAUCUUCUGUGUAUUGUAUCUGCAGUAACAAUCAUUUGAACAGGAUUAUCUCUAUUUCGAUGGAUGAAAGUGAUGAUGAACUCCUAUCCAUCUAUGUUUCAUUCCUUAAGACUUUGGCGCUACGUCUCAAUGAAGAUACGGUACAGUUUUUUUUUGAGAGCGAAACGGGUAACUUUCCUCUUUUUGAUCGUGCAGCUAAACUUCUUGAUGCUUCUGAUCGUAUUGUUCGUGCUGCGGCAAGGCAAAUUGUUAUUAGUGUCGCACAACUAAGUGAACCUGCCAUAUCAGUGUUUCUUAAAUCUGCACUUGGAGAAGUGUUUCGCCUCAUGGCUGUUUUUCUGUGGUCACAAAUAAAAACCCUUGGUGACGCAGUUUUGGAGUAUGCGGCUCUUCAUUCGGAUAACGUACCUUCAGCACCAUUACUUGGUGUUGCUUCUCUCAGUGAUCGACUAGAAGAUGUAGUGGAUGACUUGUUUUAUAUAAAUGAUCUCUUCGCCGUACCACACAAUUUUGCACCGCCCAUGUUGGAGAAUGUCCUUGACGAGGUAGUCCUUUCUCCCCUUGUGGAAUCGAUUAACGAACCUUUCGAGCUUAAUCCCUCUAAUUCUUGUUCAUCAUCUCUUGUUCCUGCACCCACCGCAAUGUGCGUACUCACACGUUGGCUGUUGAUUAAUGAAAUAGAUCGUUUACAAGGACUCUUUCGCAAGCGGUUGUUGUUCAGUGACCCUGAUGAUGGUGGACCUGUGUUUCGUGUGUUCAAAAGUGGUUGCAUGCAAAGUAUUUCUGGAGGCAUUCUUCUACUAGGUGCCAUGGUUAGCACUGGUUUCUUUCUGGAGAAGAAAGGAACUGGGAAUGCUUCUACUACUACUACUACUACUACUACUACUACUACUAAUUCAACAACAAGAACAACAGUUGAUAUUAUCAGUGAAGAGGUUGGAGCAGCCACAAGAAACGAAUUAGCUCCUCUGGGACAGGAGGAGCUUCUACUGAUGGAUGUUAUACUUGAGAAAUGGGAUAUAAAAGGAUGUGUCAUGGAUUCCUUUCCUCCACUACAACCUUGGGAAACACCGUCAUGUGAAACGUUCGUAAAUCGCAUGUGCCAAGACUUGAAGGAUCUAAAGAUACGGAGGUGGGGUGAAUGUCUUUUGAUGGCUUUUUACCACCUUAUCACACGUGGGGCGUUUACUCGGCUUUCGGUUUUUGAGUUUUCGUUGUCUCUUCUUAUGGAUUUUAUCAAACAUAUAGAACGAAAGAACACUAUUUUGGGUGGUUUGUUAUUCCUCUCCCUCACCGUCAUUCGUCGUCGCACUAUAGCGUAUGCUGAUUACUUUGCACUGCGAAAAGACGGCACGGAUAGCAACGACACCGUCGCUGCUCUCUCAAGUCACGAAUAUCUGCGGAGUGCAUACGCGACACUUUUUUUGAAACUCGAACAUGUCUGCUGCGGUUAUGAUGGAACCGCGGGAAGAGGAGGAGGAGGAGGAGGAGGAGGGUUGGAGUGGUCUGGGGAGUGUGACCUUGAGACCCUCAGCCGGGAGGCGAGUCUACUGCUGCCGCUGCUGCCGGGAGAAGUCCCUCAUGUGAAUCUCAGUUCUAAUCUCAAUUCAGAUGUUGACGACCGCCGUUAUGUUGACCAUCAGCAGCGACUUGCCGCGAUGGUACCGGCCGCCCACCGUGCCGCCCACGAUCGUGCCGAGGUGGAGCGCAGUGAACUUCUCAUGUGGAUGGCUCUCCGCCGCUGUGUCUUUUGCGAGUUUAAGUUACCCGACGGCCUUCUGUUGAGUUUAAAAGAAUACGGCGUUCGCCACCGCCCGGGCAGCUCGGUGCGGGUCUCCCUUACCGCACGUCUUUGCUUUCGCUGCGAGCUCGUGAAGGAGCGAUACAUUUUACAAGGCUCGCCCCCAACCGCCGCUGCAGGAACCCCUAUGUACUUGGUGCUUUACGAGACCGAGGCGCUAUUUCUCGCCGCCGCGGAUAAUAACAAGGCUGCAGUAGUUGAUCCAACACCAGCGCUACGCGUGAUGUUCGCAUUUCAACUGAUAUACGUACGCGCAGUCGUGUCACAGACGCCUUUUAGCGUUAUUGUCACCCACGGACAUCCUUCUGUGCCGUUACAGCUGCAUGUGGUGUUCCGCAACCGCUGGGCUGCGCAAUCUGCAGUGGAAGCUAUGAUGGACCUCGCCGCAGCAUGUCGUGCAAGGGGUGCAACAGUUUCUUAUCGCGCCCUCAAUCCAAAGAGUUGCAGAAAACCAACUGCAGAAGAAGAUUCUGUAGUGGAUGCGAGCCUCUCGAGUAGUGUGUAA